CUCUUACCUACUCUAGCAAAUCCGUUCAGUAUAAAUAUUGGGAAACGGCGAGUUAGUGAAUGACUUACGGUCUUUCUUCAAGUCAUAAGUUCUUUAUGACCAUUAAGUGAAACUGAUAAUGUUUUUUGCUAGAUAUCGGUGAUUAUCAUCUAAAGCAGUUUCAAGAUUUUGAAUCUUUCACUUUUGUUUAAUGACUUUAUUUUCGUUAAGUCAUACCUUACUUAUGGUUAAGAGAAGCGAACUUAUGUAUGUACAACGGUAUAUAUAUAUAUCGAGCAGAAUAAUUACAACCCGGCUGUUGUAUCAUUCUCGUUUUCCUAUUUUCUUAUUUUUUCUUUUUUUUUCUCUUUAUUUUUGUAAAGUGACGGGAAACACUUUCAUUGAUUGAACUUUUAGACGAGUUCAUCGGUUUCUUUCCUCAUGUCAAUUAUACGGCCUAUCACGAAUGAGACUGUGCAUAGGAUUUGCUCGGGUCAAGUAAUCACGGAUUUAGCAUCAGCAGUGAAAGAACUGGUUGAAAAUUCUCUUGAUUCCGGCGCUACAACAAUCGAGGUUCGCUUUAAAAAUUAUGGUCUUGAUAGUAUAGAGGUUUUGGACAACGGUUCCGGGAUUUCAAUCGAAGACCAAGAUUCCAUCGGAAAGAAACACUAUACGUCAAAAAUUGAAGCAUUCAGGGAUUUAGAUACUCUGCAAACAUUCGGAUUUCGUGGAGAAGCACUAAGCAGUCUCUGUUCUGUUUCUAAUGUGACAAUUACAACUGCAACUUCCUCAGAAGCACCAAAAGGGUUCCAACUAAAACUUGAUCAUGAAGGGACUGUGAUCAGUAAAUCUACAGUUGCUUCACAAAAAGGAACAAUGGUUUCUAUUAAUGAUCUUUUUUCCACUUUACCUGUGAGGAGGAAAGUGUUUGAGCGGAAUUGUCGGCGCGAUUUUUCCAAGUCAAUUUCUUUACUUCAAGCGUAUGCUGUUAUCUCCACAGAAAAGAAAUUUAUAAUAUUCCAUCAAACAAAGGGCUCUGGAAAAGUUGUUCAACUUUCAACAAAUAUGAACUCGGAUAUGAAAAUGAAUAUAAUGAAUAUAUUCGGUACGAAAAUAUCAACGAAUUUAAUUAGAUGGAAAGAUGGUUUCAUAGAUGGAUAUAUCUCGAGACCACAUGUCGGUUCAGUUCGUUUGUCUUCCGAUAAACAAAUGCUAUUUAUCAAUGGGCGACCCAUCCAUUUGCCAAAACUAGUGAAAACAAUCCAAGAAACUUUUAAAAUUUACAGUUUGUCUCAAGCCCCUUUUUUUGCUAUUAACCUAACGUUGACUGAAGGAACUGUAGACGUAAAUGUGUCUCCGGAUAAACGAUCUGUUUUUCUUUCUGAAGAAAGUUAUAUCAUAGAUUUCGUAAGGGAAUCCUUACAACGGUUAUGUGAAGGCACUGCACACUCGCUGACAGAAUCUAAAGUACAACCCUCUAGUACAACAUCAUCUUCGAGCCCUUAUGAAUUACACUCUGCUUCUUUUUCUCAGCCCAAUGAUUCUUCUCAACAGCAAUCGCUAGCUACAAUUGACUUCACCAACGACGAUGACUUGAUUGAUCCCCAUACGUCUGACAAUUCUUAUCCAAGAAACAAGCGAAAACUUUCUAUUUCAGGAAAAACGGCCGAAAGUGAUAGUGGAAGUGCCCCUUCACUUAAUAAAGCUUUCAUGCAUAAACAUAAAUCAAGGCCUGGUGCGGUAGAUGACAAUUUAGAAAGUCGGUUUUCAGCUUCUCAUGAGAAAAUGCGACAACGCUUAUCAGCAUUUGUUUCAAAUUCUACUUCAAACCAACCACAAACGGCUGAAAAUUUACCAUUAUCCCCCUCGUCUGCAAAAAGUACGGCUUCUGAUUCUUUAAAAAGUACUCCAUCAAACGAGUUUGAAUCAUCAUUAUCUCCUUUCCAGAGAAGUUUUCCUAAAUCUUCCUCGGUAGUAGAUGAACGUUUAUUUUCUUCUUCUUCCCCUAUUGAAGCGAACGAAAAACCAUUCUCUAGUCCAAUUCCAUCGAAAACAGUCGCAUUACAAAAACACAAAUAUUUCCUCGGAAAACCUAAUGAUAAUCUAAAAAAAAUAAAAGAAAACUUUGAGGUUUCUUUUGAUGAACUGGAGAAAAACCUGACUUAUAAUGACGAUAUUUCGAAAGAACCUGCCAAACUUGGUUUAAUUCAUGAUAUUUCUGAUGCCAAUCAAGAAGAGCACCUAAAUCUCAUCAUUCACAAGACCGAUUUCUUGAAAAUGAGAAUAGUCGGACAAUUUAAUCGGGGAUUCAUAGUAGUCACCCAUGAGAAUAACCUUUUCAUUAUUGAUCAGCAUGCCAGCGAUGAAAAGUUCAAUUAUGAAAAACUAAAGGAUCGAAUCAAGUUGAAACCACAAGAAUUGGUGGCACCUAAGCAACUCAACUUGGCAGCCACUGAGGAAAUUGUCCUAUUUGAGCAUAUGGGAAUGAUCCGUGAGAAGGGAUUUGAACUUCUGGUGGACAUGGAUCAACCGGUAGGAAAACGCUGUAAAUUAGUAGCCGUUCCUUCUGGUAAAAACGUUGUAUUUGAUGUGGGAGAUUUAUUGGAGAUGUUAAAUCUUCUUUCGGAGCAUCCACGUAUCAAUCCUAUCAGUAGCAAGUUAGAAAGGAUGCUUGCGUCUAAAGCCUGUAGAAGUAGUAUAAUGAUUGGUCGCGCUUUGACAAUAUCAGAAAUGACUACGGUUGUGAGACACCUUGCUGAACUAAGUAAGCCGUGGAAUUGCCCUCACGGGAGACCGACCAUGCGACACCUUUUUCGUAUGAAAAAGUCUAAUUCUUGAACCGAUUUCUUUAAUCACCUUUACUCGUGGCUGUUUAAUUGUUGUUGUUUACAUUAAUUUAUUAUUUCGUUUUUGAAUAAUUUAACUCUCAUUUUGUA